AUGUCAUCGCCCGAUCCUCUCAACGACUCGACAAUGGUAGAUCUGGUGUCGUUUCCUCCUUCUUCUGCGACGCGCCGCAUAACGCGCAGCCAGUCGUCGCAGCAAUUCUUACCCCUUGGAGCCUCUCCCCGGAAGCCAUCCUCUGAAUCACACGCUGGCGAUCGAAUGUCGGAGAGCAAUGUCGGAAGCGGCGCCAGGCGCAAGCUAUUUCAACAACCCACCUCGCCGUCGCCGUCGCCAUCCCCAUCCCCGUCCGCGUCCCCGACGCCGGUGCGCCAGCGCAAAUCCCGAACAACCACCACAACCGUGCCGCUGCGCCAGUCCAUAGAGGACGAAGACGGCUCGACAAGACAAAAAACGCGCGGCCGUCAACGAAUAUCCAACGGCACCCCGAUGCCAGGCGCUGGCACAAAGAGACGCGCAGACACACCGGUGCGAAGGACCCCGCGACGCCCUCGAACCAUGACAGACGCAGAGGUCAAUGAGUCGCGGUUGGAAGCUAGCGCGCAAGAUGCACCGACGGCGAGGAGAAGUCUCCGUGCGCGCAAAAACUCAAUCGCCGCCGCCGCGUCGAGCGAAGUCGAGACUUCAAACACCCCGCGACCUUCAACAACGGCACGGAGAGGACGGCGGAGGCGCCAGGCGCUGGCACCAGAGGAGCUGCUCGAACUUGCCGACGAAGUGGGCGACAUCAGCUUGGACAUGACCCAGCUGCCACCCGUUACCAGUGAUGAUGAAGUAGAUUUGGUCAGGGCUCCUUCGGAAUCGACGGAUGAUGAGGCGGCCAACCCUCCCCCUCCUGCUUCCCCCCCGGCCAUGAACGCCCCGUCGUCCCCGUCGCCUGCAAAUGGCGAGGCCGUGGUGCCCGACUCAGAUAUCUGGAUCGCGUCCUUGUCGGACGAGGCGAUGCCGCCGAGACCAUCAACCCGCGCCAGAGAUGCAAUACCUGAAUCUUCUUCACCCCGGUUUCCGUCGAUGGACGAGAUGCAUAUGCACCACGGGCGGCCCGAAUUUGAGACGUCUCAAGCAGACGACUAUGGAGAUUAUGGAUACGGUGACUUUGCGGCACCAUUAAACGACCGCUCCUCAGUCGACGAGCCCCUGCGCGACCACGCGCAAGGUGCCGUCGCAGCCAAAACUACCGAUUUCGGCAGCACACCUCUGGGACACGGCGACCAUUCUUCGAUUGACGGGUUAGCAGACAACGAAAUGCACGUUCCUGUCAGUAUCGGAGCUACUGCCUAUGAUACUAUUGCCCAGGGUGAAGAGUUCAGCAUGAUAUUCAUGGACUCGAUUCAGUCGCUGCAGCCAAACUUCAACAGCUCCGUACAUCCAGUUGGGCAUGAAGAGCUUGGGGACGAGACGAGCCUCAUCAUCAGCAACACAUUAGAGUCUCUCAGGCAGAGAGUGGACCAGGAAGAAGCACCCGACGAGAGCAUGCUUCAAGCCGGGGAGGAUGCCCAACCCGCGCCCGCAGAGAGACAAACCACUCCGACCCGGCAAUCAUUAUCGCCCAGCACGAGAACAAGUCCCAGGUUCUCCCGCAGUCCCCGAAAGACCAUCACCUCAUCUCCCCUCCGCCACCGUGUGCUCAGGUACAUUGCAAUACAAGCAGAAGAGUCCGCCACUGCGCAAGCAAAUCAAGACCAUGAAGCACGCUCAUCGCCUCCGUCUGGUAGCCGUGCUCUGACAGCUGAUGAUCAGCAUCACAAAGAAAUCAGCUCGUAUGAAGAUUCCUUCUCGGAGAUUCCUGAAGCUGUUUUGACAGCAGCUACGCCUCGCCGAGCUCAGGCCAGUACGUCUUAUGAUGACCUGGACGAUGAGGUCGAUCAAGCACAACUGGAGGAGCCGCAGGACAAAGAGAUGGCUGGCGAGGAAGCACAUCGGCAUGGGGAUGCUGAAUCCACGACGGAGGAGCGCGUUGAGAUUGCCCGUGCGCACGACGACGGGGACGUGCAGUACCCUGACCUCUCUCGGAGCAUGAUACGACAUCAGCACAUGGAAUCUAAGCAGGUAGUUGGUCCAGCACACGAGGUGCGGGUUAACGAGUAUGAGGAGGAUGAGGGACUCGAAGAAGAGCAGGCCGAACACCAAGCGUUUCGAAACCAGGGUCUCUUGAUUGAUUGGAGCAACGAAUCACGCAACGACAAACGGUCACAGGAAAUCGAAGUGGAUGAGCUUGAGCAGUCGGAUCAACAUGUUGCGGCGCCUGCUGCAGCACAGUACGACCAAGACCAAUUCCAGGGCGCGGUAGACGAGAAUCGACAAGGCGCAGUUGAUGACGCAGCAGUUGAAGGAACGGGAGAGUAUGAACUAGAGGCAGAAGGAGAGGAUGUGGCGCGCAUGCCGCCCCAAGCUCAAGCUGACUACUCCCUCGACUACUCCCUGCGAGAGGAACAUGCCGAGGAGCAAAUGGUAGACUCGCAAGAGCAAGAGGGAGACGCAACCUCUUCAGUCGAUUCAUCACACGAAGAAGAGCAAAAUGAUGACCAGAAGCAGACACGUGCUGUGCAAGAACAGGACGAAUACGAAGAGGUUUCCGUACACGACGACAUCGAGGAUGACGUGAUGGAAGAAGCUGAGAUGCAAGAUGGUAACGGCGUCGCUGUGUCAGCUGCCAGCACAGCCGCGAGACCUGGUCUAGCACGCCUGCCCACACCAGAUGACACGCCGCCGCAAGCUGAAGUGCAGGCUGCGGAUUCUGCUGGGGGCAAGUCAUCCAACAGGGGUUCACUGCCUCCGUCCAGGUUAAGAUAUUCGCCAGUGUCUCCCGGCCGCCUGAGCGGUGUCGCCCGCGACGCGUCGGAGCGACUUGAGUCUUCAUCUCCGCCGCCAUCCAGGCCGAAAUCGUCACCUAGAUAUCCCAGUCUGUUGGUGGAUGUUGCUCAGCCUUUGGUUCAAGCUCGGAAACCCACUGAAGACGCUUUGUUUGUUCCUGGAGAGCCUGUUCCUGGACGUGGGCAUGAGCAAAAUUCUGAGGCUGAACCCAAGACGGAAGCUGAGCCUGAGCCCGAGCCUGAGCCCGAGCCUGAAUUCGAGCGGCAAAAUGUAGACGAGGACAUGGACGACCAGCAACCACAUAGUGACGAGCAAGGGCAGCUACCGGACGAGGACGAUGGAGACGUCUCAACAAGACCCCAACAACCACGUGAAUCCGUCACUGCAGAAUCUUUCCGACGAUCCUUGGACACGACUCCUCCUCAUCAGAUCUCGUCACCAGUACAAGAGCCUCAGUCACUGCAGCAUGAAACAACGUUGCAGAAAACACUGCGACCCCAUCUAUCGGCAAUCGUCCGAGCAGGCCAAGUCCUUCAGAGCAUCACGUCGGACCCACCAUCACCGGAAGGCCAAGAAAAGCAACUUGGAAGUCCGUUCAAGCGAUCUGGAAGCAAGGAGUCUUGGAACGGCUCACGAGACAGCCAGACUAGCCAUCGGACCAGCCGCAGUCCAUUGCAGCCUCGGGCCGGCGCCCAAACCGCCGCAACGCGGAUUAGCCCGGCCGGUCAGGAUGCUUCUGCUGCUUCUCCCAUCAAGCCUGGUCGGCCUGUCGUCUCGGGGAGCCCUGGCCAAAGCCAAGAGCCUCUUCCUGAGAGAGACGAUGAGUCCCCAGCGACAUCAUCCCCGGCCAGCUCGAUGCGCGUCACGCCACCCAGCGACGGUGCUAUGAGCUGGAUCGCGAGAGAGGGACCAAUAAGCCCCAGUUUGAGAGGUGACAACUCGCUGCGAGAGGCUGCCAGGCUGCCUGAGAGGCAAACUGCCAGUCCCGCGGCUGCCCAGCGGGCCGUCCAACAACCGUCAGAGGCCGCGCAAGAGCCACCUCGUGAGGCGGCUCCGGACCGGGACGUACCGGAUGACGAGACAGACAUUUGGGAGCUCGAGGCACAGCGCGAAACCCCUCGCCCCCCCAGGCAACAGUCGUUUGGCAAGCGAGUGCCGACCAGCAAUCAUCGCCGCGGCGCGAUUCCCAGCCCAUGGACGAAGAGGAGCGUGCAGCGACCCGCAGCGUCGAGGAUGAUUUCCCAGGCGGUACCGGAUCUCUCCCACCUCACCGAGGAGCCGACCGUCGGCCCGGAGCAAGGUUCUCAGUCCAGCGAGCCAGACGAGUACUCGCGUCUCGCGCAACGGCAGCAACAAGAAGAGAGGGAGGCGAGGGAGGCGGAGGCGGCUGCCGCGGCGAAGAGGGCUGCUCAAGAUGCCGAGCCCGCUGGCAAGGGACGCCGGUUCGACCUCUCUUCGUUUUUCUCGUCGCCCACUGCAAUUCCUGGCAUGCUGGCUCAGAAGCUGAUGCGGCCGUCUCAAGCAUCCACGCAAAUGUCCAUGGCAGACAAGGCGCCUCCUGUGGUGCCCACGAGCUCCAUGUUUCCGCAGAUUCCCCAGAGGGAGUUUCGGCCGGACAGCAGUGCUAAGAGCAUGCUGAUGCAGCUCUCCCACGCAGACAUCCACAGAUGGACCCAGCAGACGUCAAACGCAAGCGAGGCGUCGUCCGACUUCCAGCAACCGCUCCUGCGACCCCUGCCGCCCAAGAACGCCUCUCCCGCAAAGUCUGCCCUGCGCUCGCCCCUCAAGCCGCAUACUCCAGGACGUGUAGUCGAGUUCACCAGCAGCGUGCUGUCGCCCGGCGGCCAAGCCAGAGCCCGUCACGACCGCCUAUUAUCCGCUUUCUCCCUGCACAGCGACGCGCGCGCCCCAGCCUCCGCCACGGAGCCAGAGGACCAGGCAGACAGCGACACGCAAGACGUGUACAUGGAAGACGCCCCCCCGCUGGCGAAGCAGCAGCCCCUGUCGCAAACCACGUGGACUCGUCAGCACUGGCUGCUGCUCGACGAGCUCCUUCAAAUGCGUCGGAAGGCCCCCUUUGGGAUCAGGUACGCCCGCAGAGCGGACAGGUACCUCGGCAAAACGGUCAAGAGCCACGGCGAGGCAAUGAUCCUGGAGAGAUGGCAUCUCGACUGCGUGGAUGCUUUCAGGGCAGAGGUGGGGGGCUGGGACGAGGCAGCGCUUGCAAAGAGGUUGUUUGCCCUUAUUCUGGGGGAGGAGCGGCGCGGAAGACGCCAGAGGGUCAUGUUUCAUUGA